AUGACAUCUUUACUAUUCUUUUAUACUCAUAAUAUGAUGGACAAUCAUACAUCUUCAUCAUCACCAACAUCGUGUUUUCUUUUUGAAAAUACAAAUGGUUCGAUUUAUCCGAGUGAUUUAGUUUUAACUAUGAUUGAAGAUCCUUCGUCUCCAUCAUCCUUAAAUUCAUUAACGAAUACAAAUGGAAGUUUAUCCCCUUCAUCAUCCCAUCAAUCAUUUGGUCUACCAUCAACAACUCAGAUGUCCUUCCCUUGUUGUGUAUUCCGUUGUAGACCUAAUUCACACCCGUUCCAAGAACGUUGCAUUCCAUUAAAUGAACAUGUUAAAGUUGGCCGAGCUGUUGCUCGUCUUAAAGCUCUUCCAAAUAAUGCCAUUUUUGAUUGUAAAGUUCUCUCACGUCAACAUGCUAAACUUUGGCAUGAGAAUGGAAAGUUCUUAUUACAAGAUACAAAAAGUUCUAAUGGUACAUUUGUUAAUAAUCAAAGAUUGGGUAAAUGUAAUGAAGAAAGUUUACCAUUUGAAAUUUUUUCUGGUGAUGUCAUUCAAUUUGGUGUCGAUGUUACUGAGAAUAAUCGUAAAACUACUCAUAAUUGUAUUAUCAUUGAAGUUAAACUCUAUCAUAGCGAUGGUAAUGAAGCUCUAUCUCGAAGUCCUAUUGAUCGAUCUUUAAGUCAAAUAAAAGAGCUUGAUAUCAAUACUCAAACUUUAUAUCAAUUAGCUCAAUAUCUACAAGAAGCUAUGCAUCGUGAACAAAUGCUUGAACAAAAAUUAGAAUUUCUUCAAGGUGUGAUACGUGAUACUCAACAAGCAUCGAAUGAAGGUUGGCAAGCAAUUAUUGAUGAAGAUCGUCUUCUAGCACGUAUUAAUGCACUCGAAGAUCAAAUUCGUAUUUAUCAUACAAAACAUCCAAAUGAAGAUGCAACCACACAAGAAAUAGUUCAAUUAAAACAAUCACAUAAUAGAUUUGAAAACGAAUCAAAAGAGAAAUUAGAAAAAGCUAUACUGGAACGAGCAGAUGCUACGAGUCGUAGUAAAUCUUUAGAAUGUUCAUUGCAAAUGGCACAAGAUGAACUUAAACGAUUUGAAGAACAAAAUGAACAACAUAAACAAGAAAUACAUCAACUUGUACAAUCUCUUGAUGAACAACGUUCUUUACUUGCUGAAUUUGAGCUUAAAUUUAGAGAGUCUCAAAAUCGAUGUACCGAACUGGAAAAUGAACGACAACGAAUACAAACUGAGAUUGAAAAUUAUUAUCAACGAACACAGCAUCUAGAAGAGCUACAACAACAGAAAUCUCUAAUUAGUAAUAAUUCCGAAGAGAUUAAUCAGAAUGGCAUAAAUAAUAUCGAAACACACGGCCGAUUUCAUGUACAAUCAACAUCAAAAGAAUCAAUUACAAACAAUGAAAAUAUAAAUAAUAUUGAUGAUAUUCCAGAAGAAAGAGAUAAUGAAGAAACCGAUCGAUCUUCGAAUUCACCUGAACAAGAAGAAAAUGAUUAUCAACGUCAAACAAUCAUUCCAACUGUUCAUAUGGAUUCAACAAUAAAUCAUAAUCAUACAGAAGAAGAAGAAGAUGAUGAUGAAGAUCAAUCAAAUGUGAAAAACCAUGAGAAUAUAACUGAACAAUCAUUAACAACACCAUUUUCUCCCACAAAUGACCUCCCUCCAAUAAAACAUACAAAUAAUGAACAUAAUUUAGAAUUAAUUGAAGCACAAAAACAAAUUGAACUACUUCGUGAACAUUUAGAUGAAACCAAAGAACGAUUUACUUCUAUGGAAGAUGCACAUCAAGAUGAAAAAGAACGUUAUCGUUCUUUAACAAGUGAAUAUAAUUCAAUACGUGAUGAACUUACACAAUUAAAACAACGUUCAACAAUAGAAACGAAUGAUAAUAAAGAAUUAAUUGAACAACAACAAAUUCAACUCGAACAAUUAUCAAAAUCUAUUGUAUCAAAACAGAGUGAACAUGAUCAAUUACUGAUAUCAGCACACAGAGCUCUAUUUUGUAGUGGUAUCCGUUUUCGUGGAUCUUCGCGUCUUUUACAAAUACCUGACAGUAUACUGAAAUCAAUCCAAAGACUUAAACCGAAUAAAUUUGAUUUUAAAUUUUUAUUUGAUUAA